AUGACAGAGAACUCCACCGUCCGCUGUGGCUACUGCCGGGCCGUCACCUCUCGUGUCAUCCAAAUCAGCACCCCGGGCGACGCACCGCACCAGCCUAAAAGAACUACCACGUUGACGGCAGAAUACCGGGCAUCCGCCACAUUCUCUUCAGAUGCCAUAGAAAACAGCAGUGAGACUUCACUCGCAUACCGUGCCUUGGACGACACAAUCACCACCAAGACGAUCGACAAGGCGAUCACACACCAACCCGAGAUCAACAACAGAGCUAGCAAGUCCGCGCUGUUGCAACUUCUUCUCGGCCAGGCUCUACCCGACCCUGGCCUUCUUCAGUCUCUCGCCAUCGGGCGGCUCAUUCAGGUCGCUCUACAGGCGCGCAAUCGUGACGCUUGGCGCUUGCUCGCGCCGUUGUUCCAGGUUGUAAACCAUCCUGCUCUGGCGCAGGCCAUUGACGUCCAGCUUGAUGUCCCCAGCGCUGUUGAAGAUUUGGGGUCGUUGGCAAUUGCCACCCCAAACAAUGCAGUGGUUCUGUUCGGCCUGGAGAAGACCAAGGUGCUCGCGUCACUGGGCAUUAUAAGCAUCGAUAAAGGUGCCGCAGGCGUCUGUGAAGCAGCAAAAUCGAGUUCCGUUGGCGAGCUGCAGCUCCUGCUAUCACUCGGUGUCGACACCACCGUCCUUGGACUAGCUCUAUACCGAGCAAAGACAGCAGAAGUGGCGGAGACGCUGUGCCAAGCUGGUGCGCCGGUGGCCGCAAGAGGAGUCGAUGGCAACACGACCAUCAUCGAAGCUUGUCUGUGCGAGCGGAAGGAAGUGCUGGAAGUGCUGUUGAGACAGCCAGGGGUGCGGGAGAUUUUAGACGUGCGGAAUGCUUUUGGCAAGGCGGCGGUGCAUUAUGCGGGUGAGAGGGAGGAUAUGCUAGAGAUGCUGCGGCAGGCGGGUGCGAAUAUGAAGUUGGCUGUUGGGCCGCGGGAGAGGGUUGCGUGGAACUAUAUGCUUGCAGGACUACUCUACGGGGCAAAGGCAUCGACAUCACUCCACCGGCCCAAACGGCCCAAGCUUGCCCCAGUCAAUUCUCACGCUCUCCAACAUAACUUCCGCAUUGCUCAGGCCAAACACAUCAGUUCCAGCCAACCUCUUCUCCCACCUCUUCGCAACAUCAUCCGCAACGUACUCUGUUAUAGCGUCCAGAUACGCCCUCGUAGUCGCCCAACCAUUGCCAGGAUUCGCCUCCAUAACUGGCGGGAUGAUCGAUCCAAAAGCCGACAACGGGCCCUACAUCUUUGCGCUGAGCUCGAUAGCGUUGACAGUGGUGUUGUACAGAUCGCGCACAUACUCCUGCGAGAUACGCACAUCGUCGCGAGUGCCGACACGGUUGAGGUGGCCUCCGACGUAAGUCGUGAAGUCGUAUGCGAGAAUUUGUUCGUGGGCAAGGACAUGGCCGGGUACAUUCUGGACUUCUCCAAGGCGGUCGAAGGGCAGCCAGCCUGGGUAAACGAUGUUGACGAGCAUGAGGAUGCGGUGGUGCGGGGAGUAGAUGUGUGGUUUCGCGGUGGUGGCUAUAAACCAUAUGCGUGA